AUGUCGCUCGGAAGCUUUCUAUGGGGAGCUGAGGACAUGAGAAGACGAGAAGAGAUACUCGAUGCUUUGGCUCGGUAUCCGCUAAAGACGACAUGCCUGAAUCCAUAUCGCUUAUCCAGGAAGGAGUUAUGGACCUUGAGAAUCCAGCAAAAUCUGGAAUUGAUGGAACUUAAGAUGCAGCUGGGCUGGGGUGCUCAACACUAUCUCGAUGCCUUGAAAAUCGCAGUCCCCGAUAUAGCAUCCCUAAACCCCAAUUUCCGGAUAUUUCUGAAGAACUUAAAGGCUCAGAUGAGUUCCGAACAACAGGCAUAUUGGGUACCCAAGGCACAGAAUUUCGAAAUCUGCGGCACAUAUGCUCAGACGGAACUGGGCCAUGGGAGUAACGUCAAAGAUAUUGAAACGACAGCCACAUUCGAUGCCGACACCGACGAAAUUAUACUGAACUCACCCACCCUCUCUAGCCAUAAAUACUGGAUUGGCGGCCUUGGUGUCAUGGCUACACAUACCCUUGUGGUCGCGAGGCUCAUCGUCUCCGGGAGAGAGCUAGGAAACCAUGUCUUCAUAGUUCAGGUCCGCGACCUGAAAACCCACGAACUGAUGCCGAAUGUCCUUAUCUAUGAGCAAGGUGAGAAAACAAUUGGGACGUUUGCAUCAAUGGAUAACGGGGUUAUGAGAUUUACCGAGAAGCGCAUCCCAAGAUCGCAGAUGCUCGCUGGGUUUGUCCGUUUGGAUCGAGGUGGGACCUACCAUAAGAGCGACAAUAAGAUGCACUCUUACACAUCGAUGGUUAUCGUGAGGGGACUAAUGUCCCGAGAGAUCGGCCAAGAUGUGUCAAGGGCUAUCGUUAUUGCUCUUAGAUAUGCUACGUUUCGGAGACAGUUCAACAAGAAGGACGAUGGCGCAGAAACUCGGGUCAUUGAAUAUGCUAGUGUCAGGAAUAGGCUCUACCCAGCAUUGUGUCGUGCUAUAACAAUGAUGCUAGUGGGAAGGGGGAUCAGUGAUCAGGUCGAGAAUCUGCGACAGCAUAACCUAGAAGAUCUGCACCUGCAAACUGUUGGGUUCAAGGUCUGGGCUACUGAGCAUGGUGUCCGCGAUGUCGAAGUUGCCCGUAACAUGGCGGCAGCAGGUCUCGGUUCAAUAUACGCUCAACUUUCAGCCUCUCGAACAUACGAAGGGGAUAAUUAUGUAUUAUCACAGCAGAUCGGAAACUCAAUUAAUAAGCACUGGAAGAGGAAAACAGAGGACACGAUUCCUGCCCUAUCGUACCUUACACGGCUCAGGGACGUUCAGAAGAUGUCCCUCCAGCUAGCAGAGGCAUGCGACGAAGGAGCAUUCCUGACCCCAAGCACUCAAAAUGAUUUACUUGAGCACCGGGUUGCUCUCCUAGCAAGCCGGCAUAUAUCCGACACGGAGGCUGGCCGAGAUACCAGCUACGAUGUCUUCGAAUUGACCAUGGCGCAUGCAGACUUGGUGUACUGGCGUGGUCUUCAGAGUCAGACCAAGCACAUGUCGAGAGACCAUGAACCUGCUAUCAAAUCACUAGUGCAUCUUGUGAGUAUCAAUAAACAACUUCCUGGGCGUUCCGAUGUCACCCGGACUGACCUCUACAAUCCUUCACAGUUCGCCCUUACGGCCAUUCUAGAAGGUUUGUCUGCGUUCGCGGGAUCCACCUACCUCUCGCAAACCAACAUAGCACAGCUCCGGGAAGCACAUCGACUGCAAAUCUCCUCAUUUUCCGACCACGUCGACUCCCUCGUUAAUGCCUUGGGGUUCACGGAGAUGGAAUUGAAUAGCGCAUUCGCGAAGGACAAUCAGACGCCUUAUGAAGCGCUUUUGGAGACGGCGCAACAGAGUGAAUUGAACGACAACACGUUUAUCAGGCCAGCGAUCGCACGAGCGAGAAAUAUGUGGAAGACAUAUCAGAAUGGCCAGGCGAAAUUAUAG